UCCACCCUUCAAAUCUUUGCUCUCUCUCUCCAAUUUUUCACUUUCAGACAUUCACAGCUCUUCACGAGAGGAGGUCAGCGAAGACGAAGCAAGAAAGGGAGGUUCUUUUUUGUUUCUGGAGUACAUUUGAGCUGUGUAGUAGGGCAACCAUGGAAUUUGAAGCAUCAAAGCAAACGAUGAAGAAAUCUCCAAGAUACCAGCAAUAUGAAGGUGGGGAUUAUGGUUUUGAUCCCCAGGUGGAUUUUUUACAGUUCUUGGAAGAAGCAAGAAAGAACACAAGCAAAGACAAUUAUGAUGACACAACACAAUAUCCAGAAGAAGCUCAGAACAGACAAUCAGAUGAAGUGAAAAAGAACAGAAAAUCAUGGAAGAAGUCCCUCUUUUCAUGGUGGAAAGCUGGAAAGAAGAGCAAUUCAUGCAUGGUGGCACCAACUAGUAAUUCUUACAUUCCAAAGCCAAAACGCAGCCUUUCUGCCUCUGGUCCGAUGAGUGGGAGUGGAGGCAGCAACAGUUGCCGGUUCAGGCGUCAAACAUCCGGGCCUCUCAAGAGUAUCUUCCACUUGACAAAUGAUGAGGAGGAUGAGCUACCGUAUAUGUGCCUUGACAAGCUUGAUAACCCCCACAGUGUUCAGUCCUAUGGGCCUGUUUACUUGGUAACGUAGUGAAUGAAGGGCUUGCAAAUGGAAAUUCUGUCUCUACCUUGAAGAUAAAAAUUACUCGACGAGAGAUCUAGUCCACAAGAAUGUUGGUGACAAGGAAGGAAGUGUGAGUUUGUAACUUUUUGGUGAGUCAAAAUCGCUAGCUAGGUUUGUCAAAGUAGAAUACCAGUAAUGAUGGGUAUUAAACUGCAAACUGGGUUUUUCGGAUGAAAAUGUAUGGCUUGAAGUUCUCAAUUAAGAAGAGCAUAUUUUUGUAGUUA